AUGACAUUUGCCAGUGAGGCAACCGAGUCCUUGGUGGAAGGCGUCUGGCACCGCAGGAAUCUGGGCACGAUCAGACCCGACUGGUCUCUGAAAACGCUGGGGAACUUGAUUUUAACCGCCCAUGUCGUCCGUCUUGUUUGGUUGGGGACGUUAACGGCGGAGACAAGUCCGGGGCAAGACAUGGCAACGGUCAACGUGGACAUAUUUACUGUUCUAAUUUGCAGCAGGCCAGCAGUUGCACCAGCACCUGGCCUCCUGUACGUAGGCGCAGCCCAGGCAGCUUCAGUGCCUCCGCAGGCAAGCUCGGCUAUCAGAGCCAACAGCAUGUGCGCGAGCCGUCACGGACGAUCGACUGAACUCAUCAUAACCCUCAACCCCAACCUUUUGCACGCUCUCCGGCUCUCCCGCGAACGCACAGUUUACAGAAGUCGUGACUUGCAUUCACAUUUGAUUCUCUGCUCCUUCUGGUGCCCUCACGACACGCCCAGCCAUGGGUCUUGCAGUACCGCCCCCGGCGCCACCCAGGAGCUCGCCCGCGGGUCCUUUACAAGCUGCCUGGGACCGACACUUUCCUCUACGGCCACAACGGCAGGCUUCCAUGUGCGCAUCGACGCUGCAUCCCGUCUUCUUCACUCAACGGCUCCAGAAGCCCAUCGCGCCGGUAGUCUCAUCGCCACACGGCCUGGGAAGCAACAGUCCUGUCGCGCAUGGAUACGUGUACCAGGAGGCGCUCGCGACGGGGAACCAGGGAUCCAAACUAUGACGACGGCAGGACACAUCAGUCGAACGUCAAAGUGUCAUGACUUAACGAGAAUUUGUUGGUAUUUUGGCCCGUGA